AUGGCUGCGACACCAAGAGCCAUAAGCCUGAGCCUUACUCCAACGAUAGGCAACGACGUCGCCGCCCCACUAGAAGGCUUAGGACUCCUGUCAGCGCCAGUAAACAACAAGCGGAAAGUCUCAGUUGCCUGCCUAUCGCCUCCAGCAUCUAGCUCAUCCAGAUCGUUGUCGUCGACAAGUGUGACUUCAGAGUCUUUCGCCGCGACAGCUACUAAUAAAGAAGCUGACUUCAUCGACAUCCCCGAGUUCCUUUAUAGCAAGGAAACCUACGUUUUUCUAGGUUUUACCGAAGAGGUAGCUGGCAUUAUGUGGCAGAAGUUUCUGUCUCAGCCUAGCGAGAGCCUCGCUGACGAUGAAGUCGAUUUCCGCCACUUCAUCGAAUAUCCUAGGGCUCGUCUAGACGACUACGAUAUCGAAGAUGCACUCACAACCUCUGAUGACUGGGACAUAUGCCUGUCACAGGUUGGGGUCAACGAAAAGCUGCAUGACGCUAUUAUGAUGCCAACUUACUCGGAUUUGAGAUCCACUGCGUCGUGUAAGUUUUGGGUCCGGGAGAGCAUAGAGGAUACAUGGGCUUCUUUGCUACAACUAGAGGAGGAAUUACGCCUAGAGAGCGCAAGGUUACAACGAGAAGCAGCAAGACGGAAGACACGGAAGCAUGCUGGCAGCAUCUCUGAAGCUCCCUCGCAAGACAAGCCUCAUGGUCGCAAGCAUGCUGGGUCACUGUCAGAAGCCUCUGCUCACGGUGAUACUUAUAGCAAAAAGCCAGAUGACGAGCAGAAGAAAGAGCAAGGAAAACAGGGCAUUGAACCUGCAACUCCUAGCAAGAUGAGUGCGGAUGACAGCAAGUUGGAAACCGGUACUCUGAAGCAUGAUGCGCCAGCCAGGAUGGAAGGACACACCAUGCUAUGGCGUGGAGGCGCUCACAGGCGCCACAAGGCUUUCUACGAUUUCUCCACCCAGACGGCUAAAAUUACCGCACUCGAGUCUUCUCCAGGGGAUUUUUCUCACCGAGGAAGAUCAUACUUCUCGCCGCAGCACGAAACAGCCGACAGAUAUGCACAGUGGGCAAAGCAUAAGUCCGACAUUACUCAAGUGUCAAUCCUGCAAGUCGCCCUUCCAAACAAAUGGGUCGAGAGCCUGGAUGCUCACUACCUCUGGCUUGGCGCACUCCCGACAGAUGAGUGGAGCCAAGUGGUUUGGCAUUCCCGCAAUGGCGAAAGAUUUCCAAAGGAGUUGCGACAUGUCUACAACAAGGAUUUGCUCAUAGGUCACAUAGCUUCAGGCAUUAACGAGAAGUAUGUGGCCAUGGAUAAGCCCACCAUGAUCAAGGACAAGGAUGUUCUAAAAGUCGAGAGCGAAGGAGAAGAUGUCAAAAGCAUCCAGUGGGUUUUCCAGUCCAUGAAGGCAGAGGAUGGAUUUGAGACGGAAUGCAAGGGAAAAGUCUGGGUGCAUAUGUGCGGAUGCUUGAAGACCCCUCUGAAGAAGUAG